AUGGAUGAGCUAUUCGAUGUGUUCGAUGAGGCGCCUCAGAAUGUGCCUCCAAAGAUAGAAGAAGAGGUUUUGACAGAACCUUCUGAUGCUGUACCGGUAAGUAAGAACGAUAAGAAGAGAUCUCUUGUAGAAGAAGAAGCGGAAGAGAAAGAGAAGAAGGCUGGUGCUGGUGGUGAGGCAAAGAAGGCUAAGAAACAACAGCCGCAGGUCAAGCCAGUUGUGUUUGACUCCUUAGAGAUAGAGGCACUGCGGGAGAUAGAUGCCUCGGGAGGCUUGCAACAAAGUUUACCUCAAGAAUCCUCCAAAUUAAAGAUUAAACAUCAAGUGAGACAUCAAGUUGCUAUUCCUUCAGGGUAUCCUUAUACGCCAAUAAGCGAGCACAAGCGUGAAAAGGAAGUAAGAACCUACCCCUUUGUGUUGGAUCCUUUCCAGGACACUGCGAUCUCGUGUAUCGAUCGUGACGAAAGUGUGCUUGUCUCGGCACAUACAUCAGCUGGUAAAACUGUUGUUGCCGAGUAUGCCAUUGCACAAUCGCUAAAAAACAAGCAAAGAGUGAUAUAUACCUCUCCGAUCAAGGCUCUAUCUAACCAAAAAUAUCGUGAAUUGCAAGCUGAUUUUGGCGAUGUUGGUUUGAUGACUGGAGAUGUUACUAUAAAUCCAGAUGCAGGGUGUCUCGUGAUGACUACGGAGAUUUUAAGAAGUAUGCUUUAUAGAGGUUCCGAGGUUAUGAGAGAAGUUGCCUGGGUGAUAUUCGAUGAAGUACAUUAUAUGAGAGAUAAAUCAAGAGGUGUAGUUUGGGAAGAGACUAUUAUUUUGUUACCGGAUAAGGUUCAUUAUGUGUUUUUAUCAGCAACUAUACCCAAUGCGAUGGAAUUUGCUGAAUGGAUAGUCAAGAUUCAUAACCAGCCGUGCCAUGUCGUUUAUACUGAUUUCCGACCAACUCCAUUACAACACUACUUAUUCCCCGCGGGAGGAGAUGGUAUACAUUUGGUUGUUGAUGAAAAGGGGACAUUUAGAGAAGAGAAUUUCCAAAAAGCAAUGACUACGAUAGGUGACAACCAAGGAGAUGAUCCAGGAGAGAUCAAGGGAAGAGGUAAGAAGGGACAGAGUUUCAAAGGUGGAAACAAGGACGGAAAGUCCGAUAUUUACAAAAUUGUGAAAAUGAUAUACCAAAAGAAAUACAACCCGGUAAUUGUUUUUUCUUUCUCCAAGAGAGAUUGUGAAUCUUUAGCAUUGAAAAUGUCCAAAUUGGAUUUCAAUACCGAUGAGGAAAGAUCUGCGUUAACCAAGAUUUAUGAAAAUGCCAUAAGUAUAUUACCAGAGAAUGACAAAGAGCUACCACAGAUAAAGAACAUAUUACCAUUAUUGAAAAGAGGUAUUGGUAUUCAUCAUUCUGGAUUAUUACCCAUCUUGAAGGAAAUUAUUGAGAUUCUUUUUCAAGAAGGAUUUUUGAAAGUUUUAUUUGCAACAGAGACCUUUUCGAUUGGUCUUAACAUGCCUGCAAAAACUGUUGUUUUCACCUCUGUCCGUAAGUGGGACGGUAUUGGGUUUAGAUGGGUUUCAGGUGGUGAGUACAUUCAAAUGUCUGGUCGUGCAGGAAGAAGAGGGUUGGAUGAUCGUGGUAUUGUCAUUAUGAUGAUUGACGAAAAAAUGGAGCCGCAAGUUGCAAAAGGAAUGGUUAAAGGUCAGGCAGACAGGUUGGAUUCUGCAUUUCAUUUGGGGUACAAUAUGAUUCUCAACUUGAUGAGAGUCGAAGGCAUAUCUCCCGAGUUUAUGUUGGAGAGUUCAUUUUAUCAAUUUCAAAAUGCUGCAAGUGUCCCCGAGAUGGAGCAAAAAUUGGUUGAGUUGAAAAGUGAAGCCGACGUGCAUAUUGAUGAUGAAGCGACUGUGAAGGAGUACUACGAUUUACAACAGCAGUUGAACAAAUAUAAUGCAGAUUUGAGAAAGGUUAUAACACAUCCGGGCCACAUACUUCCAUUCAUUCAAGAUGGGAGAGUUGUUAAAAUAAAAAUUGGUGAUCAAGAUUACGGUUGGGGGAUGGUUACAAACUUUGCCAAGAGGAAUCCGGGCAGAUUUCAACAAAAAGAGUUUACAGCACACGAGUCUUAUGUUGUCAAUGUGUUUGUUUAUACAAUGUUUGUGGAUUCACCAGUAAACCUAAUUAAACCAUUCAACCCAGUAUUACCUUCUGGCAUUAGACCAGCGGCCUCUGGAGAAAAGGCAAGAGCUGAGUAUAUCCCAAUUACCCUUGAAUCCAUUGAGAAGAUAAGUAGUGUUAGGUUGAAAGUGCCUGAUGAUUAUAGAAGCUCACAAGCGAAAAAGACUCUUGUCAAGACCAUGAAGGAUUUACCAAAAAGAUUGAAAGAUGGUAUUCCGCUUAUGGACCCUGUUACUAGUAUGAAGAUUGAUGAUGAUGAUUUCAAAACACUAUUGCGUAAGAUUGAUGUUAUGGAAUCCAAAUUGUCGAGUAACCCUCUUCAUGACACUGCCAGACUUGAGGACCUAUACGGUAAAUACUCCCACAAGGUGGAAAUUGAAAACAAAAUCAAGGCUUUAAAAGAAAAGAUACUGGAGGCCGAAGCCGUGAUACAGUUGGAUGAUCUUAGACACAGAAAGCGAGUACUACGAAGACUUGGAUUUACCACCCAAAAUGAUAUAAUAGAGUUGAAAGGACGAGUUGCAUGCGAGAUAAGCACUGGAGAUGAGCUUCUCCUAACGGAGCUCAUAUUUAACGGAAAUUUCAACGACUUGUCCAGUGAACAAGCCGCUUCGCUCUUGUCAUGUUUUGUGUUUCAAGAAAAAGCCAAAGAAAGUCCGCGACUUAAACCUGAGCUAGCACAACCCUUGAAAGCUAUGCAAGAAAUGGCAUCGAAGAUUGCCAAGAUCUCUAGAGAAUGUAAGAUAGACGUGAGUGAAAAGGAGUAUGUGGAAUCAUUUAGACCAGAGUUGAUGGAGGUUGUUUUUGCUUGGUGUAAGGGGGCUACAUUUGCCCAAAUAUGCAAAAUGACUGAUGUUUACGAAGGUCUGUUGAUCCGGACAUUUAAAAGAUUAGAGGAGCUCGUGAGACAAGUUGUUGCAGCUGCAAAGUCUAUUGGCAAUACGGAGUUACAGGAGAAGAUGGAGAAACUGUUGGAGUUGAUUAGCCGCGAUAUAGUCUCGGCCGGUAGUUUGUACUUGUAA